GUGUUAUGUAAUAAGCAACCAAUUAGCUUAGCUUGAUUCUGGUGGCACAUCUCCUUAUAUAAAAUGACUACAGUAUCCAAGUUACAGCAAUAUACAGCAACAUUCACACCUAUUUAUCUCCUUGCGUUCUGCUCUUUGAUUCUUCCAGACUGAGAGCUGACGACAAAGUACCCUCUCUGUCGAUUUUUAUCCACAACAAAAGGAAAAAAGGAGUGCUGUACAGUUGUAAAGCGGUGAACUCUCGGGAUAAAGAGAAAUGAAGAGGAGUCUCUCCUUGUUGGUGCUAAUACCAGUUCUGCUAAACUUGACUGUAGCAGUGCUUAGCGCUGAUACGUAUAGCAGAUAUGACUUCCCACCUGGCUUUAUCUUUGGUUCUGCCACCUCUGCUUAUCAGGUGGAGGGAGCAGCAAGUGAAGAUGGGAGGACUCCUAGCAUUUGGGAUACCUUUACGCAUGCUGGGUAUGCAAAUGGAGCCACUGGAGACAUAGCUGCUGAUCAUUACCACAAAGACAAGGAAGAUGUGAAACUCAUGGCAGAAAUGGGCUUGGAUGCCUACAGGUUUUCCAUCUCCUGGUCAAGACUUAUCCCAAAUGGAAGAGGACCUGUCAAUCCAAAGGGUUUAGAGUUUUACAACAAUCUCAUCGAUGAACUAAUCAGCCAUGGAACACUACCUCAUGUUACUUUGAACAAUUAUGAUCUUCCACAGGCACUUGAAGAUGAGCAUGGAGGAUGGAUUGACCGAAGGAUUGUGAAAGACUUCACAGCUUAUGCAGAUGUAUGCUUCCGAGAAUUUGGGGACAGAGUUUCAUAUUGGACUACUGUGAAUGAGCCCAAUGUGUUUGCCAUUGGAGGUUCUGAUCAGGGAAUUUCUCCUCCUAAGCAUUGUUCUCCUCCAUUUGGAACAAACUGUACAAGAGGCAACUCCUGCUCGGAGCCAUACAUAGCCGUCCAUAACAUCUUGUUGGCGCACGCGUCAGCCGCAAGAUUGUACCGGAUAAAGUAUCAAGGAAAGCAGCAGGGAUUCAUAGGUCUUAGCAUCUUUGCUUUUGGGGCUGUUCCUUCUACAAACUCAACGGAAGAUGUAAUGGCAACUCAAAGAAUGGUGGACUUCUAUAUUGGUUGGAUUGCAAACCCCUUGGUGUUUGGAGAUUAUCCCGACGCAAUGAAGAAAUUUGUAGGCUCUCGAAUGCCUAGCUUUACCAAUCAUGAAUCUGAACUGGUUAGGGGUUCAUUUGACUUCCUAGGGGUAAUACAUUACUCAACAUUUAAUGUCCAAGACAGCCCUGGCAGUUUGGACUUGAAACAAAGAGACUUUGACAUUAUAUAGCUGCCAGCAUAAGCAAUUAUGACGAUUUUUUCACGGCUUCAGAGUGGCCUAUUCUUCCUUGGGGUCUGCAAGGAGUGCUGGAGUAUCUUAAGCAAGCUUAUGGCAAUCCCCC